UGGCUUAAGACAGGAAACUUAUUUGGAGGAGGAAAUAAUUAAAAAAAAAAAAAGGUUAGGGAACUCCUGCUCUAGAACUGGGAAGUUUUUAUUUGACCCCCACUCUCACUCGACCCCGACUCUGGGCCAGCAAUGAGCGAGAGUCAGAGAAGGGCGCCGGCAGAUCAUAGCAAAGAGACCUCAGCGGCCAUCAGUCCAACCCCUCAUUUUACAAAUGUGGAAACUGAGGCGCUGGGAGGGAAAGUGAAGGCCUUGGAUUCCAACUUCGGAGACCUCUCAAGCUGAGGAGACGGGGCAACAAUGAAAGAAACUCGUUUUCGGAGGAUCCCCAAAGGAAACCAUGCAGUCCCAAUUCGAUUUCUUCUUCGAGCAGCAGCUGCUUCUCUCUAGAGCUGAUUUCAUCCGAGCUUCCACUCCCCACGCACGCGCAGACGCUCAGCACGGCCCCCGCCGCAGCUCUUCACCCUCCGGGCUCUGUGUAUUCCUCCUCAGCGGCUGCCCGGUCGUUGCCACCGCCUCUGCCGCCGCCGCCGCCGCUGCCACCGUCAAGGAAAGCUUCCGGUGCGACGGAGGUGGUUCCGGUUCGCAGCGGUUCCCGGGUUCUGUGUUCGGCUCCCGGCCGGAAACCCCCUCGCGUGGCGCCCGGUUCCGGUUCGGACUCUGUAUCUUCUCUGAAUUAUGUGAUCUGAGAAGACUGGACAUGGAUGAGAUUUCUGAUACUAUGAAGAUGGAGUCCAGAGAAAUAACUUUAGUAAACCACAACACCAUAUUCAAAACACAUCUGCCAGAGAUAGGUUUUCAAGAGAACCAACUUUUGCUUUCUGACCACCAGGGUUUGCCUUCCAGGCCUGAAAAUUUGGAUCCACCUUUUACUUGUUCCACAAGGAGUACAGUAUAUAACCCAAAUUAUUAUUCAGAUAGCCCUUCCUCAGACAGCUUUCUGGUUGAGCCAAGAACAUUUGGUCAGAGUGUAAAUGGCCACUGGAGAAAUUCUACUCCUGCACCAACUUCAGCUUUGCAGAAACCCAGAAUCAGCCGAAGUCUUUACCAUGACACUCGAAAAGCCUCCAGUGGGAUGUCAAACACUUUUGUUGGAAAGUCAAAUCAUCACUGUCAUAUGACUGCAUAUGAAAAAACCUUUCCUAUUAAGCCUGUUACAAGUCCAUCGUGGAGUGGUUCAUGUCGUCGUAAUCUUUUAAGCCCAAAGAAAACCCAGAGGCGAUAUAUUAGUACAGCAGAAGAGACAGUUCGAGAAGGAGAGAGAGAGAUCUACAGACAGUUGCUCCAGAUGGUUACUGGAAAACAGUUUUCCAUAGCCAAACCCACCACACAUUUUCCUUUACACCUGUCUCGGUGCCUCAGUUCCAAUAAGAGUGCUGUGGAAGAUCCAGCGUUUAAAGAUUCAAACUCCUAUGUAGCUCAGACCAUUGGCUCUGACACUCCAUCGAGCAGCUCAACCAGCGUUUUAAAUACCCGAGAACAGCUGUCCCACCCCACUAUACCAUUUCCCCAGUCUCCCUACCUUCCAGAUGUUGCUACAAAUGAAUCCAAGAAUUCUGAUCUCCACAGUCAGCCUCACCAACAUCCUUCUCCUCCACAUCAGCCAAAUCACAUACCAGCUCCAAAUGCUCAGUCUGAAGGAUCAGACUCUGUCAUUUUACUCAAGGUGAAAGAUUCCAGAGCUCCCACUCACAGUUCUUCCUUCUUCCAGGCAGAGCUGUGGAUCAAAGAAUUGACCAGUGUUUAUGAUUCUCGAGCCCGGGAGAGAUUACGUAAAAUUGAAGAACAGAAAGCUCUGGCAUUACAGCUUCAAAACCAGAGACUGCAAGAACAAGAGCAUUCGGUACAUGAUUCGAUAGAUCUGCAUCUUCGAGUGCCUCUUGAAAAGGAGAUCCCUGUCACAAUCACCCAUGAAGAAGAGAAAGAACCUGGUAAGGUGACUGACAGUGAAGACGAAUUUCCUGAAAUCACAGAGGAAAUGGAGAAAGAAAUAAAGAAUGUGUUCCGUAAUGGCAACCAGGAUGAGGUUCUCAGUGAAGCAUUCCGCCUGACUAUCACCCGCAAGGAUAUUCAGACUCUCAACAACCUGAACUGGCUCAAUGAUGAGAUCAUUAAUUUCUAUAUGAAUAUGAUAAUGGAGCGAAGUAAAGAAAAGGGAAUGCCAAGUGUCCAUGCAUUUAAUACCUUUUUUUAUACCAAAUUAAAAACGGCUGGGUAUCAGGCAGUGAAACGGUGGACAAAGAAAGUGGAUGUAUUCUCUGUGGACCUCCUUUUGGUACCUAUUCACCUGGGACUACACUGGUGUUUAGCGGUAAUAGACUUCAGGAAGAAAUAUAUCACCUAUUAUGAUUCAAUGGGUGGAAUAAACAGCGAAGCUUGCAGAAUCUUGCUGCACUACCUAAAGCAGGAGAGCCUUGACAAGAAAAGGAAAGAAUUUGAUACCAAUGGCUGGCUUCUCUUCAGCAAGAAAAGCCAGGAAAUUCCCCAGCAGAUGAAUGGGAGUGACUGUGGGAUGUUUGCCUGUAAAUAUGCUGAUUGCAUUACCAAAGACAGACCAAUCAAUUUCACACAGCAACACAUGCCAUACUUCCGGAAGCGGAUGGUCUGGGAGAUCCUCCACCGAAAGCUUCUUUGAGAGCCGCCAUGGUCAGCAGUCACUGACCUCUUGGGGGACCAGCUCUGGGCUGUUUUUGCUCCCAUCUUGUUUGUUGUUGUUGUUGUUGUUGUUGUUGUUGUUGUUGUUGUUGUUGUUGUUGUUUUUAAACCCUAAAGAACAUCAAUCCUGGACCAGAUCCUGGCAAGAUGCAUUCACAAGCACAUCUGCCUUUGCUUUUAUAUCUCAGAACCUAUUUUUGCAACGUAACUUUGGUGCUGUGUGAAGAGAGAGGGUAAGGGAUUUUGUCAAGCCGAAGAGAGAGACUGUUUUCCCCUUCUCCUAUUCUGCCAUCUUCUUUUGAAAGGACUCUAACUACCCCAGUCCUUGUUAACCAGAAUGAGCCCUGCAAGUUUCAUUAAGAUCUGAACAGGUUUGGAAAUUAUCUUUGUUUCAGAUGUACUGCUGGUGUUGGGUUGUAUUGGGAGGUUAGGGUAUGUGUACAUGCACACUUACCCACACAUAACUGUCAAAGUUUGUGGACAAGAAUGUGUUUAAACUGGAAUUCUGGGUACAUGCAUGGACUAAUGCUCCUGUUCAAUCUCUCCCACAUGGAAGCUGACUUCUUUGUAAAAUUCUGAUUUUAUCAUCUCCCAUCUCCUCCUGUUCCUUUCCCAAACUUCAUAUGAAGAAGAAUAUGCGAGCCCCCAAAAGCCCUUUCCCUAGAUGUGGGGUUUCGCCUAUGAUGGGAGUUUGUGGGAUAGGGAGACCCACACAGGAAGCAGAUUAGAGAAGCAACAAAGCACCAUUUUCACUGGCUCCCAUUUCUGAGCAAGAGAAAGGACCUCAGUCUUUAACUUAAAAUUCCAGCAUUGAAUGAAUGUAGGUCCAGUCCCAUCUGUGGCAAGUUAGUUUAAAUAUAUUUCUAACCACAGAGAAUGUAAUAUAUGUAUUUCACAAGGAAAUGCUUCUUUUUUAAAAAAGGAAAAAAAAAAGCUGAAUGUGUUCAUCAGUCGACCUGCAGACUUGUUUCCAUUUUCCAAAUUUAGCUCUAGCACGCACAGAGCUCAAGCCCUGUAUGCAGGGUAUUCAUGGGCUUUCUGACAGAACCUUUUGAAACUUGAAUGAAUUCUAGCUGAGAAGAGGGUGGAGGGUGCAGCGUGCAGUGGAUAAUGAGUUGUUCAGCUCUAGGACAGACAGGGUUUAAGCUUCCUGACUUGGGAUGCAAAAAUCUCUGCUCUUUCUAGCACCCUCCUUCCCACCAUCUAUGAACCUCCUUGGGCUUGGGUAGUGAAGAUGAAUGGUCAGUGUCAUUUUGUACUUAUGUUCCAAAAAAGGAAUAUUUUAUACUCUUUUUCUGUAUUGUAAUAGGUAGUUUUGUAUAUUCCAUCCCUUCUCAUAUCGCACUUUCCCUGGUCUCAUUUGAAGAUCUUAUUGUUUUCUACUGAGCUUGUUUAGUACAUUUUUGUAUGUUUGCCACGAGUUACAAUUUUGAAAUGAAAAUUAUUUUUUUUAAUAUUCCAUUGUUAACUGAAUGUUGAUGUGUCCACCUCAGCAACCAUCCUAUAUCUUUAACAGUCUGCCUUCUUGGGAAAGGCCACUUUUUUGUGUGUGUGUUUUGUAUAGGAAAUAAAUGGAUUUCAAUACCAUGA